CAUGCAUUGUGCUUUAUCUUCCUGUGCCAUUUUACACCCGUGUUUAAGUUUCAACUUUAACUCAUUAGAAAUAGUCAGUAUCCAAAACCAAGUGAUUUAUGUAUGUGUAUGUUAUGUGGGAAUUUACGUGAUGUUGUUGAGAAAACUCAAGCUGUUUAGUAACCUUACAUUUUGAUCGAGUGUUAAAGUGAAGCGAGAAGAAAAGUUAUUGACUUCCUCAAUAAAUGUAUCUGUGCAGCUUCGUGAAGACUGAAUGAAUCAUGGAGGACACACAAGCAUUGAGAGAUGGAGAUGUUUCUCCAGGAGGCGGUAAAUUUCAGGGGGACAGAUCAAACUCAUCAGAGCCCAGCUGUGUGUCCAUGAAGAGUAAUCGGUCUAUGGAUAAACCAGUAAAAUUUGAGGGAAGACACACAUCACCUGAUCUGAGUGAGCAGUUAGCCGACACUCAAGGAAUAUUAAGGAGAAAACACAUGCCAUCUAAUCUGAGUCAUGACACUCAACUGUCAUUCAGCAGAUUCAAAUCAAAUCUGCUGAAGAAGUUUGAGCAUCUGUAUGAAGUAACAGUGACGCAGGGAAACCCAACUCUCCUGAAAAAGCUCUACACAGAGCUCUACAUCACAGAGAGUGAGAGUGGAGAGAUCAGUAGUGAGCAUGAGGUGAGACAGAUUGAGACACAGUCCAGGAGAGCAGCAACAGAGGACACAGCCAUCAAAUGCAAUGACAUCUUUAGACCUUUACCUGGACAAGACAAAGCCAUCAGAACUGUGCUGACAAAAGGAGUCGCUGGCAUUGGAAAAACAGUCUCUGUGCAGAAGUUGAUCCUGGACUGGGCUGAAGGGAAAGAGAAUCAGGACGUCCAGCUCAUAUUUCCACUUCCUUUCAGAGAAAUCAAUCUGAUGAAGCACAAAACACUCAGUCUUUCAGAUCUGCUUCAUGUCUUUUUCCCUGAAACAAAAGAAAUAGAAAUAUCUUGUGAUGAAUAUAAAGUGCUGUUCAUCUUUGAUGGUCUUGAUCAGUGUCGUCUGUCUUUGGACUUUAAGAGUAAAGUGAAACUGUAUAAUAUAUCUGAAUCAGUCUCAGUGGACGUGCUGCUGGUGAACCUCAUUGUGGGGAAUCUGCUUCCUUCUGCUCUCAUCUGGAUCACCUCCAGACCAGCUGCAGCUGAUCUUAUCCCCUCUGAGUGUGUCCAUCGAGUGACAGAAGUACGAGGCUUCAAUGAUCCAGAGAAGGAGAAAUACUUCAGAAAGAGAAUCCGUGAUCAGAGUCUGGCCAAUACAAUCAUCUCACACCUGAAGUCAUCAAGGAGCCUCUACAUCAUGUGCCACAUCCCAAUGUUCUGCUGGAUCUCAGCCGCUGUUCUGGAGAAGAUUUUGAGUCAAGCAGAGAGUGGAGAGAUUCCCAAAACUCUCACUCAAAUGUACACACACUUCCUGAUCCUUCAGACCAACAUCAAACAUCAGAAGGACUAUGACAAGACAGUCAAAGAUGAAGAUAUAAUUGUCAAACUGGGGAAACUGGCUUUUAAACAGCUUGUGAAAGGUAACAUAAUCUUCUAUGAGGAGGACCUGAGAGAGUGUGGCAUUGAUGAGACAGAAGCAGCAGUGUACUCAGGAUUGUGCACUCAGAUCUUCAGAGAAGAGUCAGGCUUGUAUCAGGGGGAAGUCUUCUGCUUUGUUCAUCUUAGCAUCCAGGAACAUCUAGCAGCCCUAUAUGCACAUGUCUCCUUUACAAAGAACUGUAUAAAUGUGUUUGACCAAACUGAUCAUAGUCUCUUCACCAAAGUUUUAAACCAGAAGAAAUAUGUUUCAUUAUCUGAGCUGCAUAAGAGAGCUGUAGAUGAAGCUUUACAAAGUAAAAAUGGACAUCUGGAUCUUUUCCUGCGUUUUCUUCUGGGUUUUUCAUUGGAGUUCAAUCAGACUCUCCUACGAGUACUACUGACACAGACAGGAAGCUGCUCCUACAACAAAGAGGAGACAGUCGAGUUAAUCAAACAGAAGAUCAGGGCGAAUUACUCUUCAGAGAGAUCCAUCAAUCUGUUCCACUGUCUGAAUGAACUUGGAGAUGAUUCACUGAUGCAAGAGAUCCAGGGUUAUCUGAGAUCUGGACAAAUAGCAGAAACCAAACUCUUCUCUUCACAGUGGUCAGCUCUGGUUUAUGUGCUGCUGACAUCAGAGCAGAAGAUUGAUGAAUUUAAUCUGGAACAGUUUACUGGAGCUCAAAAUACAGCAGAUGAAGUUCUUCAGAAGCUGCUGCCUGUGAUUAAAGAAUCCAGAUCAGUUCAGUUGAGUGAUUGUGGAGUCACAGAUGAAGGUUGUGCUGCUCUGGCUUCAGCUCUGAGAUCAAACCCUUCACACCUGAGAGAACUGCAUCUGUCUGGAAAUAAACUAGGAGUGUCAGGAGUGAAUCUGCUCUCUGAUCUACUGAAGGAUCCUCGCUGUAAACUGGAAACACUGUGGUUGAGUGAUUGUGAAGUCACAGAGGAAGGUUGUGGUGCUCUGGCUUCAGCUCUGAGAUCAAACCCCUCACAUCUGAGAGAUCUGGAUCUGUCUGUAAAUAAAUUAGGAGCGUCACGAGUGAAUCUGCUCUCUGAUCUACUGAAGGAUCCUCGCUGUAAACUGGAAACACUGGGGUUGAGGGAUUGUGGAGUCGAAGAUGAAGGUUGUGCUGCUCUGGCAUCAGCUUUGAGAUCAAACCCCUCACACCUGAGAUAUCUGGAUUUGUCUGGAAAUAAUCUAAGAGCAUCAGGAGUGAAUCUGCUCUCUGAUCUACUGAAGGAUCCUCGCUGUAAACUGGAAACACUGUGGUUGAUGAAGUGUGGAGUCACAGAUGAAGGUUGUGGUGCUCUGGCUUCAGCUCUGAGAUCAAACCCCUCACACCUGAGAGAACUGUAUCUGACUGGAAAUAAAUUAAGAGCGUCAGGAGUGAAUCUACUCUCUGAUCUACUGAAGGAUCCUCGCUGUAAACUGGAAACACUGUGGUUGAAGUAUUGUGGAGUCACAGAUGAAGGUUGUGCUGCUCUGGCUUCAGCUCUGAGAUCAAACCCCUCACAUCUGAGAGAACUGAGUCUGUCUGGAAAUAAACUAGGAGCAUCAGGAGUGAAACUGCUCUCUGAUGGACUGAAGGACCCUCACUGUCCACUGGAAACACUGGGGUUGAAGGAUUGUGGAGUCACAGAUGAAGGUUGUGCUGCUUUGGCUUCAGCUCUGAGAUCAAACCCCUCACACCUGAGAUAUCUGGAUCUAUCUAGAAACAAACUAGGAGCAUCAGGAGUGAACCUGCUCUCUGAUCUACUGAAGGAUCCUCGCUGUAAACUGAAGAUACUCUGGUUGAGUGAUUGUGGAGUCACAGAUGAAGGUUGUUCUGCUCUGACUUCAGCUCUGAGAUCAAACCCCUCACACCUGAGAGAACUGGAUCUGUCUGGAAAUAAACUAAGAGACUCAAAUGUGAAUCUGCUCUCUGAUCUGAAGGAGGAUCCACAUUGUAAACUGGAGAAGCUUAAUCAUAACUUUCAACUGAUCCAAAAAAUGCUUAAAUCAAAACUGAGGAAGAAGAAUCAGUGUCUGUAUGAAAAAACAGCGAUACAGGGAAACCCAACUCUCCUGAAUGAGAUCUACACAGAGCUCUACAUCACAGAGAGUGAGAGUGGAGAGAUCAGUAGUGAGCAUGAGGUGAGACAGAUUGAGACACAAUCCAGGAGAACAGCAACAGAGGACACAGCCAUCAAAUGCAAUGACAUCUUUAGACCUUUACCUGGACAAGACAAAGCCAUCAGAACUGUGCUGACAAAAGGAGUUGCUGGCAUUGGAAAAACAGUCUCUGUGCAGAAGUUGAUCAUGGACUGGGCUGAAGGGAAAGAAAAUCAGGACGUCCAGCUCAUAUUUCCACUUCCUUUCAGAGAAAUCAACCUAAUGAAAGACAAAACACUCAGUCUUUCAGAUCUGCUUCAUGUCUUUUUCCCUGAAACAAAAGAAAUUGAAAUAUCCUGUGAUGAAUCUAAAGUGCUGUUCAUCUUUGAUGGUCUGGAUGAGUGCCGUCUGACUUUGGACUUUAAGAGUAAAGUGAAACUGUAUAAUAUAUCUGAAUCAGUCUCAGUGGACGUGCUGCUGAUGAACCUCAUUGUGGGGAAUCUGCUUCCUUCUGCUCUCAUCUGGAUCACCUCCAGACCAGCUGCAGCUGAUCUUAUCCCCUCGGAGUGUGUCCAUCGAGUGACAGAAGUACGAGGCUUCAAUGAUCCAGAGAAGGAGAAAUACUUCAGAAAGAGAAUCCGUGAUCAGAGUCUGGCCAAUACAAUCAUCUCGCACCUGAAGUCAUCAAGGAGCCUCUACAUCAUGUGCAACAUCCCAGUGUUCUGCUGGAUCUCAGCCGCUGUUCUGGAGAAGAUUUUGAGUCAAGCAGAGAGUGGAGAGAUUCCCAAAACUCUCACUCAAAUGUACACACACUUCCUGAUCCUUCAGACCAACUUCAAACAUCAGAAGGACAAUGACAAGACAGUCAAAUAUGAAGAUAUGAUUGUCAAACUGGGAAAACUGGCUUUUAAACACCUUGUGAAAGGUAACAUAAUCUUCUAUGAGGAGGACCUUAGAGAGUGUGGCAUUGAUGAGACAGAAGCAGCAGUGUACUCAGGAUUGUGCACUCAGAUCUUCAGAGAAGAGUCAGGCUUGUAUCAUGGGAAAGUCUUCUGUUUUGUUCAUCUUAGCAUCCAGGAACAUCUAGCUGCUCUAUAUGCACAUGUCUCCUUUACAAAAAACUACAUAAAUGUGUUUGACCAAACUGAACAAAGCCUCUUCACCAAAGUUUUAAAUACGAAGAAAUAUAAUUCCAUAUCUCAUUUGCAUCAGAGAGCUGUGGAUGAAGCUUUACUGAGUAAAAAUGGACAUCUGGACCUUUUCCUGCAUUUUCUUCUGGGUCUUUCAUUGGAGUCCAAUCAGACUCUCUUACCAGUACUACUGAAACAGACAGGAAGCUUUUCCUUCAGCAAAGAGGAAACAGUUGAGUUCAUCAAACAGAAGAUCAGGGCGAAUCACUCUUCAGAGAGAUCCAUAAAUCUGUUCCACUGUCUGAUUGAACUGGGAGAUGAUUCACUGAUGCAGGAGAUCCAGGGUUAUCUAAGAUCUGAAAAAAUAGAAGAAACCAAACUCUCCUCUUCACAGUGGUCAGCUCUGGUUUAUGUACUGCUGAAAUCAGAGCAGAAGAUGGAUACGUUUAAUCUGAAACAGUUUAUUGGAGCCCAAAAUCCAGCAGAUGAAGUACUUCAGAAGCUGCUGCCUGUGAUUAAAGAAUCCAGAUCAGUUCAGUUGAGUGAUUGUGAAGUCAAAGAUGAAGGUUAUGCUGCGCUGGCUUCAGCUCUGAGAUCAAACCCCUCACACCUGAGACAACUGUAUCUGACUAGAAAUAAACUAGGAGCAUCAGUGAAUCUACUCUCUGAUGUUCUACAUAAUCCACACUGUAAACUGGAGAAACAGAGGCUGGACAUCUCUGAACCGUCUGAACUGAAUCUUCACCCACUCCCAGUCUGUCAGUCUUGUGUUCACAUUGGUGAUUCUGAUCAGUGGGUUCAGGUGGAGCCAUCAGUCUGUACAGAUGAAGGAGGCUCAAAGUUCUGGAUCAGCACUCCAGCGGGCCGAUUUGAGUGCAGGAGAACCAGAAUGCGAUGGGUCUGUGCUGGUGAUGUCACUCUCCGGUACCAUGCAGUGGAUGGACAUUUCCUCAGUGCAGAGCUGGAGAGGCUUCAGUGUGAGAGAAUUGGACCUGUGAUUGAUGUGACCGUGAUCUCAGGGAAACUGGAGGAGGCCCAUCUGCCUCAUUACAUCUGUUUAGCAGAGUCAGAUCCCUCUCUUAAAGAUGAUAUAAAGGUCCUCAGUGUUGAAGAAGAUGGAAUAUCCUUAGAAUCAGUGGAGUUGACUCGUUUCCAUGCUAAAAUACUCCAACCAUAUUUUUCUCCCAAAACAGUGUUAAUGAAACUAGGGAUAGCAGUGAAAGUGCACUGUGAUCUACUGAUAUUCAUGACAAACAAAGACCCCAUCAUCCUUCAUCUGUAUUUUUUCCCAAUAGAUUCAGUUUUUGAAAAAAAAAUUAAAAGAGAGAAAAAAACGAGUAAUCAAAUCAGUCUUUCAAGACCUGAAACCCCAUUACAGAUGAAUAAGCAACACAGUCUUGAGGUUCCUGGUGCUUUUGUCCAGCCCAAAGAGAUCAAGAUAAAAGGAGACAUCAAGCCAAACUUUUUUGAGGUCAUACUUUCUGUGGCCGAUGACAUCAAUAUGACUCUUAGCCGAGUGGAUGAUCAGAAAUCAGUCUGGACUGCAAAAAUUUGCAAAGCUUUGUUUCAAACUGGACAAAAGCAUAAGUCACCACAAGUAGCUGUCAACUUUGAUAAAGUCCAGUUUUUUAAUGAAAAUUGGUGUGACUUUAUUAAAAACAUUAAGAAUGUGAAUGCCAUUGCAGACAAACUGCGUCAGAAACAAAUAAUUCAUGAAGAAUUAUAUACUGAAAUCACACUUCCGACAUCAACCAGUGAAGCCAGCAUGAGGAAGAUCUGUAGCGUAGUGCGUAAAGGUAGUGACACUGUAAAAAAAAAAUUCAUCUCCAUUCUUCUGGCUGAAGAACCCAACCUUUUAAGUCACCUGCCUUCACCUGAUUCUUAACCUUUAUGCUUGAUGAUUCUACGUUGUGUUUUACAUUAUAACUGUAAACUACAGGCGACCAAUGCACUCAAAAGCCCUACUACAGUAUGUGAAAACAGAAUAAUGU